UAGAUUUUUAGUUUUGGUUUGGAAUUUGGGAAGCAUUCGGAUGUUUGACACGUAGAAUGCGCAUGGUAAAAUAUCAACGAGGAGUUUGAGGAACCGAACCGAAGCAUAGCGGCAGAGGCAGGGCUCCCAAUAGACAGCCAAAGAGGAAUUUAUGCGAACACCUUGUGUACCGGUGCUCACAACUGGAAAUUUUUGCAGGAAGCAGACAAUAGGUUGACAUAUUACUGUAUCAGGCUUUUAGUCUGUAUGGAUUCAAAUUUGCAAUCUGCGCCCUCAGAUAAUGCUGAUCUCAAGACAGCAUUCCGUAAGCCUUCAACUGAUGCAGCCAGCAGGAGGUAUCGGCGCCAUUCUCCAGCUAGUAGAUCAUCGUCAUCUGAUGGGAGUCCUAAGCGUGAACAUAGCUCUAGCCCAAAAUUUUCUAGGGAAGAUCCUGGAAAAGUCUAUGAACAUCGACCAAGAAGGAAGGAUGAUGGGAUGGACUCAGACAGGAGUCGCUGUGCCCGAAGUAGUGAUUCCUAUAGAAAUUCUGAUAGACCAUUCCCCAGGAGUUCCCAUGGUUAUUCUAGGCAUGAUGACUACAUUAGACAUGACAAGCAUGCAGAUGAGGAAGAAAGAAAUUAUCAGAGGUUAUCUUCACGUUCUGGCCGGGAUUCUAGGAGUGGUGCUUAUUCUGAUCAUAGUAGGUCAAGAGACCAUCUGCGAAAUGUGGACAAAUAUUCUCGAGAUAAAUAUGAUAGUUCAGGGCAUAAAAGAGAUAAGAAUUCAUCAUCUGAAAGAGCUGGAACUGGCAGGAGACAUGCAUAUUAUGAAGAAACUGAAAGGGACGCUCAUAUGAUAGGCAUAGAUGCUCAAGAUGAGAAAAGGGAAUAUCGUAGGAGUACAGCAGAUCACAGAAGUGACCGGAUGCUCUCAUAUGAAGAAUCAAAGUCAAUGUCCAAAAAAGAUGAUGGUAAAUAUCGUGCAAAAGAAGGUUUAAAGAGUGAAAUGAAGGAAAUGGAUGGUGAAAACCAUUCCAAAGAAGAGAAAAAGAGAUACGAUGACCGGGAAACUAACAGGAGCAAGGACCGAUAUGGUAAGGAACCAGCAGAACAUUCUGGAGAGAAAUGUGAUUUUGGGAGUGAAGAUAAAGAAUAUCCUGCAAAAAGACACAAAUUAUUUAGCUCAAACAAUGAUGUUGAUAGUGGGAAAAGUGUUUCGAAGUUCACAUCAACGCCUGAUGGAAGAGAGACUUGUAGUUCUAAGCAAGCUCAGGAUGGUAGAGUGACUGUAGCGCAGGCCCAGGCUAAUAAUUCAGAGUUUGCUAACGAUCUAAAUGCUGCGAAAGUUGCAGCAAUGAAAGCCGCUGAAUUAGUCAACAAGAACCUUGUCGGUGCGGGAACGAUGACUACUGACCAAAAGAAAAAGUUGCUGUGGGGAAACAAAAAGAGCACAACGGCAGAGGAGUCAGGUCACCAUUGGGAUGCUGCUCUAUUUUCUGAUCGAGAACGACAAGAAAAGUUCAAUAAACUCAUGAGUCUGAGGUUGCCUUGGUGCCUAUGGCCAAUUGUAGGGUGUGAAGGGCGAGGUGAAAGCAGAGCACAAACCCGAAGAACAAGGUGGUGGCAACGUUCUCCGAGCCGAGAAGCAGAAAGAAGUACAGUUGGAUUUGGAGAAGCAGUACACUGCUGGACUCCGGAGGAGAGAUGGUCGUACUGUUGGACUAGGUCUUUAAGCGUCUGCUCUAGAACGCUAGGACAGGGCAUGCCCAACUUUAUUUAUGGACUCCCAAUGAAAUAUGGAUACUUUUAUGUUUCUUUAAAUUUUUUGUGCUUAGCAUAUGAUGAUAUUAAAUAUGAGAGUAUUGUUAAUACAAUUUUUAUUUUAACCUUUUAAGUUUUUAUUU